ACUUUAGGAAUUUAUGACGACGUUACUGGGUGGGAUAUAUUAAACGGUGCGGGCCGCAGGACAUGCAUUGCCGUGCGGUGCCCUGCCUGGAUUAUGUGGAUCAGUCCAGGUGAAAGUGACAUUUCUUUCUCCGAGACCUGAGUGUGUUCAGUGUGGCCAUAGUAACGCGGGCUGCCAGCCGUGCCUACCACUUGCUGUGUGACCAGCAGGACUGACAUUGUGCUGGGUGUUGUGUUGUGCUGUAAAACUAGUUUUCUAUCGCACCAUGAAGUGGCUUCUCGUGUUGGUUUGCGUCCUCGGCUUGACGAGCUGUCAGACCCCGAGCCCAAACCCUGCUCUCAAGGAGAAGGGGCUCAUAGAGUGGAUCAGUAACCUGUUCUCAAGCACUACAAUCAGUCCGGUUCACGACCCGCCAGAAGACUGCCCUACCUGCCAAUGCGGUAUCGCCCGUACAAGGCGUCGUAUCGUCGGUGGAUAUGAGACCAAGCAGCAGUAUUAUCCGUGGAUGGCGGUCCUCAUGUACAACGGAAGGUUCUACUGCGGCGGCUCCCUCCUCAACGACCUCUAUGUUCUCACCGCGGCACAUUGUACUGCUGGAUUCCGAAAGGAGAAGAUCACGGUUCGUUUCUUGGAACAUGACAGGUCACAGGUGAAUGAAACUAAGACUAUUGAUCGGAAAGUGUCAGCGAUCAUCCGCCAUUUGCGCUAUAACCCUGGUACUUACGACAACGACAUAGCGCUGUUGAAACUUGAAGAGAGAGUGGAUCUUAGCAGUGCGUUGAAGAAAGUACGACGCGACGGCAACAGCACAGAGCCUGAAGAAAACCAGGACGUGGGGCUGAGGCCUGUGUGCCUUCCGAAAGGAGGCCUGUCCUACACUAACUAUACAGCUGUCGUUACUGGCUGGGGUACUACAGAAGAGGGGGGCUCUGUGUCUGAUACUUUGCAAGAGGUGAAAGUACCAAUAGUGUCCAAUGAUGAAUGUCGUAAAGGUUACGGUGGUCGUAUCACGGAAAACAUGAUCUGCGCGGGAGAGAAGGAAGGAGGCAAGGACGCGUGCCAGGGUGACUCUGGGGGUCCCAUGCACAUCGUUGAUGAAAACGGGAACAAGUACAGAGAAGUUGGAGUGGUGUCGUGGGGAGAGGGUUGCGCGAGACCCGACAAAUAUGGAGUCUAUUCUCGCGUUAACCGAUACUUGACUUGGAUCGAGAAGAAUACUAAAGAUGCUUGUUAUUGUCAGUAAAGUUGAGCAAAAGCAAUGGCGGCUCAAGAAGAGACUUGAAAA